AUGUCGAAAAAGCAUCUUCAUAAUCAAGCUGCUAUACCGUUGGCGCCUGCAGUGUUUAAGAAACCCCAACUGCGGCCUAUGAUAGCAGAGUAUGACCCUAAGAAAAAGGGAGUUAGAAAUGACUUAUCGGAUCUCGUCAUGGUCAAGUAUAAAGUCGAUCCAAAUGAAAUACCCGUGGAACAACAGGCGGGGUCUACCCUCCCCCUCAUGGAGAUACCUGGUCGGGAUAUUGAGGGAGACGAGGAUUACAAUCCGUUUGAGCAUAGAAAGUUGGCGCAUCCGACAUCGGACUUGGAUACCUUUAUUCAUCUCCUGAAAGGUUCACUCGGCAGCGGCAUAUUGGCUAUGCCGAUGGCGUUCAUGAACGCUGGCUUGUAUUUUGGAUUGGUGUCGACUUUCCUCAUCGGUGGAAUUUGUACAUACUGUGUGCAUAUUCUCGUUAAAACGGCCCACGAGCUGUGUAGAAGGAUGCAGAAACCAUCUCUGGGCUUUGCGGAAACAGCGGAAGCUGCAUUUCUUUCUGGACCUCCAGCUGUACACAAAUUUUCUCGACUCGCCAAGGCUAUGAUUAACUGGUUCCUGGUGAUUGAUUUACUGGGUUGCUGCUGCGUUUAUAUAGUAUUCGUGGCAAAGAACGUGAAACAAGUUGUGGACUUCCAUACACAAGACACCGAAUGGCAUGACAUCAACAUCAGAGUAUACAUGGCGGUGCUCCUUCCCCUCUUGAUUUCGAUGAACUUGAUUAGAAACCUGAAAUACUUGGCUCCAUUAUCGAUGAUUGCAAAUCUGCUUGUCGGAACUGGGAUGGGAAUAACAUUCUACUAUCUUUUCCAAGACAUCCCACCGUUGAGCGAGAGGAAACCGUUUGCCGGGGUUGAACGGCUUCCCACCUUUUUCGGUACCGCCAUUUUUGCUUUGGAAGGAAUCGGUGUUGUAAUGCCUCUUGAAAACAACAUGAAGACACCCACUCACUUCAUCGGCUGUCCUGGAGUACUUAAUACUGGCAUGUUCUUUGUCGUGUCGUUGUACGCUUUGACCGGGUUCUUCGGUUACCUGAAGUAUGGGGAUAACACCUUCGGAAGUAUCACUCUAAACUUGCCAGAAUACGAAGUGUUGGGACAGUGUGUAAAAUUAAUGAUUGCUGUGGCCAUUUUCUUCACGUACAGUCUUCAGUUCUACGUACCGAUGGAAAUUAUCUGGAAAAAUGUUCGCCACAGGUUCGGGGCUAAGAAAAACAUUGCUGAGUACACAAUCCGAAUUGCAAUUAUUAUUAUGACCCUUGGUAUUGCGAUCGCUAUCCCAAAUCUGGGACCCUUUAUAUCUCUUGUUGGUGCCGUGUGCCUUUCUUUCUUGGGAUUAAUAUUCCCAGCUGUAAUCGAGACUGUUACAUACUGGGACCGGCCUAAUGGUUUAGGCAGAUUUAACUGGGUCCUGUGGAAAAAUUUAUUCCUCGUUUCCUUCGGUAUACUGGGCUUCCUCACUGGUUCCUAUGUCAGCAUUUUAGAUAUAAUCUCAGGAGAAGAGUAA